AUGAGUCAACCAAGCCGCUUCAGAGAGGUCCCUCAACUCUCUCAACAGUCCAAGGCUUUGAGCCAAAGUGAUGGAAGAUGGCGCUACAGUUCUGAUAAUCCAGAAUCUAGUACCUAUGCUGCUGGAUUAGCACUUGAAGCAUUGGCGGGAGUCAUCUCAUUAGCAUCUUCUGAAAUUGACCAGUCUAGGGUAAAUACGGUGAAAAGUGAUAUAUUUAAGCUCUUUGACAGCAUCCAGAAAUAUGGUGGAAAAGGCAUGUAUGUUCUGACAUACAGUUUUUUGCUGCAGAUUCGUCCAAUUGAUAAGAAACAGCAAUACCAGAUCCAGAAAGUUAUUAAAGCGAGUGAAAGUGCAACAAGUAAUGCCAAUGAGAAGGUGCCGGCUGCAUCUGAUAAGAGUGCCGGCAAUCUGAUACUCAACAUGCUUCUCCAUCACCUCUCACCUAAUAGUUUUCACAUGGGAAGAACUCUCUUGCACCACACCAUCAUUUGCAACAAUGAAAGAGCAUUGAAUGUACUUCUGAAUAAUGGGGUUGAUACAGAAUUGGCCCUUCAAACUACUGAAGAAGAAACCAAUCUAUACCCUAUUCACAUGGCUGCACGCCUCGGACUAUGCAACAUUCUUCAAUGUUUGAUUAAUGGUAACUGUAACUUGGACUCGCAAACAAAACUUGGUGACACGGCGUUGAUGGUUUGCACAAGGUAUAAACAUGAGAAGUGUCUAAGAGUUUUAGUAUCAUCAGGAGCUGAUUUGGGGAUAGUAAAUUCGUUUGGUCAUUGCGCAACUUCAACAGCAACUUCUAUUCAUUGGACUAAAGAAUAUCAGAAAGCAGUUUUGGAUAUAAUUAGGUGA